AGUGUGGUUGGAUCGUCGUGCGCAAUAGGAUGUUGUCGUUUAGCGUCGGUAAUCGAGUAAUCGGCGACGGUCGAACAUUUGUCAUUGCUGAAAUUGGACAAAAUCACCAAGGUGAUAUUGAAGUGGCAAAGCGUAUGAUUGCCGAGGCCAAGGCAGCCGGUGCUGAUUGUGUCAAGUUUCAAAAGUCAUGUUUACGCGAGAAAUUCACGCACAAUGCACUUCAACGACAGUACGAUGGUCCCAAUUCGUGGGGUAAAACGUACGGUGAUCAUAAAGAAUUUUUGGAAUUCACAAUCGAACAGUAUAAAUUGUUGCAGAGCUAUGCCAACGAAUUGGAUAUCACUUUUACGGCAUCCGCUAUGGACAUUCAAUCACUGCAAGAUUUGUAUGAUUUGAAUGUACCGGUCAUUAAAAUUGGAUCGGGCGAUGCAAAUAAUAUUCCAUUGCUGGUGAGUGCCGCCAAAUCCACGGUGCCAUUGAUCAUUUCGACUGGAAUGCAACACGAGUCCAUGGUGCAUCGCAUCGUACGAAUUAUGCGAGACAAUGAUAAAAUCAAUUAUUGUUUGUUGCAUUGCGUAUCCGCCUAUCCAACCGCACCGAGCGACGUUCAUCUACGAAUGCUGCACACCUAUCGCAAUUGCUUUCCAAACGUUUGUCUGGGCUAUUCAGGCCAUGAACUUGGUACAGCCAUAUCAACAGCCGCCGUCGCUAUUGGCGCUAAGGUAAUUGAACGGCACUUUACAUUGGACAAACGGCAAAAAGGAACCGACCACAAGCUAUCACUCGAACCAUCUGAACUCCGCCAACUCAUUGCCCGCAUUCGAACGGUCGAAGCCCACAAUUUACCCACACACGUGACGGACGAUCAAACUAUUCUGGAUUUGCUAUCACCGCUGUUGUCCACCACUGAAUUGACCGAUGUAAAAUUGGCCAUUGCACCACUACCCAGGAAAUCGGUUUUAGAGUGCGAAAUGCCGUGCCGCUUGAAGUUGGGCAAAUCGUUGGUGUAUCGGAACAGUCUAAAAUCCGGCACCACACUCACCGAACACGACAUUUGCGCCAAAGUCAGCGAACCAUUUGGCAUUUCAGCCGAACGUUUUGAUGAAUUCAUUGGCAAAACACUCAACAAACAUGUCAACGAAGAUGAAAAUUUACAUGAAACAAAUUUUUGAGGAGGAAUUUGGAAUUUUUG